AUGGGGAAAUCUUUAAAGGGAUCACCACAUUUUGAUACAAAUAUUUUAUUUGAUCUCAUUUUCAUGACACUUGUAUGGUGGCCGGUAAAAUGCUUGCUACAGAUGAAGUCGGUUUGUUCUAUAUGGCGUGCUAAAAUAUCUGAUCCUCUUUUUAUCAAAGCACACCUAGAGAAAACAAAUGAUCUACGUAGACUAAGGUAUAUUUUUCAUGACCCAAUGAAGGCAAUGAUGAGAUCCAUAGGAUUGAAAGAUCGGGAUUCAAGGUAUGAGCAUACUAUUCCUAUCACAGAUUUUUCAAACCAUGUUGAGAUUCUUGGUUCUCUGAAUGGCUUGCUUUUAUUGGGAGAUGGUGAAUGUACAUAUCAUUUGUGGAACCCUUCAACUAGAUUAUUGAGAAAAUUUAGUGGCCCUUAUAUAUUUAGAGGACAACUUAGGAACUUUGCACUUGGCUAUGAUGCAACAACCUGUGCAUACAAGGUUGUAAGGAUUGUGCGUGUUACCAGUAUUGAGUAUCGAAAGCUUAAGUUACCAUACAGGCCCUGUCCAUAUCAGAAUACCUAUUAUGAUGCAACUAGGGCUCAUAUGUAUAAUUGCAAGACUAACUGUUGGAAAAAGAUCCAAGAUUUUCCAUAUGUUAUUUUCAAAGAUGCUCAAGGUAUAACUAUGAAUGGGUAUCCACAUUGGGUUAUGUUACGGGAUCGUCAGGGCCGCGAUGACGUUGUUGAUUUUGUCAUUGUAUACUUCGAUUUGGUUGAGGAAAAAUUCAUGGAAAUUCCAAAACCCAAUUGGUUAAUUGCGUCGUCUAAGUUUAAAUUUGGUGUUUUUAAAGGACAAUUAUGCUUUAUUCGUUACGCAAAUCCACAAUCAGAAAUAUGGGUAAUGCCAAAGCAUGGGGAGUCUUGGAUUGAUUUCUCGUCUGUAACAAAUAUCGAUAGUGUUCUUCGCCACCCAGGUUGGGAUUUUCGUCGUGUAGAUGAUGCUGCUGAUAUUAAUAAGGCUUUCGUUGGAGCUCAUUACGUCGAGAGCCUAGUCUCUCCUUAUGGUGGGAGUGAUAUGGUCGGAUGA